AGUGUCUCUGUACCGAAACCCUUUUCGUUCUCGAAUCUCUUUGAAUUGGUGGAGUGGCUCCUUGGCGUCGUUCAAAAUCAACAUCAUCGUCUUUCGGCUAGGGAGGCAGAGAAAACUAUGGCAUCGGGGAAAAACAAGAAAAGAACAGGUAAAGCUGCCGAAUCCAGCACAAAAGCAUCACACUCUGACAAGAAAACCCCAAAGUCUCUGAAGCCUGAGCCUAAAAUUGUGAAGAAAUCUUCAACGCCAAAUUCUACACAACUGAAAGAAGAAAAAAAUACUUCACAAGUUGAAGCCAGAAACAAGGAUGAAAAGAAGCCUAUAAAAAUAGGUAAACAAGAUGGUAGUAACAUUGGGAAAAAAGGUGGAAGGAAUUUGAAUUCACCUCAUGGAAACAAAGAGAAGAAAAUUAUAAAUGAGAAGUCUGGAGAAAACAGUGGAAAAGAUGGUGGAAGGAAUUUGAAUUCACCUCAUGGAAACAAAGAGAAGAAAAUUAUAAAUGGGAAGUCUGGAGAAAACAGUGGAAAAAGUGGUGGAAGGAACUUGAAUUCACCUCAUGGAAACAAAGAGAAGAAAAUUAUAAAUGAGAAGUCUGGAGAAACGAGUAAUAGGGAUCAAAAGAGUGAGAAAACUCUUGGUGGACUGAUUUUCAUGUGCAAUGCAAAAACCAAACCGGAUUGUUACCGCUAUCGUGUAAUGGGCCUUCCAUCAAACAAACAAGAGCUUGUGACAGUUGUCAAACCUGGUCUGAAACUUUUCCUUUAUGAUUUUGACCUCAAGCUUAUGUAUGGAAUCUACAAAGCAUCUUCUGCUGGUGGCAUGAAACUUGAACCAGCUGCCUUUGGUGGGGCCUUCCCUGUCCAGGUCCGCUUUGAGAUUCACAAGGACUGCCGUCCACUACCUGAGAGUGUAUUUAAGAAGGCAAUCAAGGAGGACUACAAUGAGAAAACACACAAGUUCAAGACUGAGUUAACUGUCCAGCAGGUGAAAAAACUGACUCAGCUAUUCCGUCCUGCGCCAUGGCAUUCAAAUGCACAAUCUUCUAUUCAAGAGCCUGUACCGGCACCAAUAAUCUACCCCCAGCCAGCGGCAACUGCACAGAGUGAGGUAGCUCGCAGAGAACAAGUAUAUAGAGAUCAUCACAGUAGUAGCAAAGCAGUAGGGAAUCUUGUCCCAGCUUAUCAUGAAAGGAAUCAGUCUUCUAAGCACCCCAUUUUACCCAGAGUUUCGGAUUCUCCUGAUCCACUUUUUCUCACUGAAAAAGAGUAUCGAAGUUAUGGUCUUCGACGGGAAAGGCAUGUUAUGACAAAUGCUGCAGCUCCUGUUUCACCCGCUUUAGAUCCUUACAGUACUCAUCAAGAAAGGGAGCGGAUUCUGAUGAACCCUGCUUCCAUAAAUGGAGAUGCAACGUUAGUGCAGAAUGAGGCAUUUCGUCAUGAUCCACGCUUUCUCAGUGAAAAGGAGUAUCGAGCUUAUGGUCUUGGUGUUCAACGCGAACAACCUCCUUCGAUGACUCCCAUCGGUGGAAUGACUACUACUGCUUUAAACAAAUAUCCGGAGGAUCAAUGCCAUACUUAUCACUAUGACACCAACUCAUUGGUGGAACGAUAUCUUACACUGCCAAGGGCAGUGGCAGCUCCUCCAGAGUCUUAUUCUCAAACAGCAAGACAGAAUUACAUAAGCAACCCCAAUUACAUAGAGCGUGACACCAGAAAUCAUACUGGAAGAUUGGUUCCCAAUGAAGCAGAAAGGUCGUACUCCACAUACGCUUCCCAUAUGCUUUCAGAUUACAAUCAGAACUACCACGAUUUGAGGGGUGAGCCAGAAUAUACAUCUACAUCAGUCCCAGCUCGAUACUCUUCUCAUUUGGGGGGUGAGCCAGAAUAUGCAUCCACAACAGUCUCGUCUCGAUAUUCACAUAUGGGGAGAGAACCAGAAUAUCCACCCACAACAGUCUCAUCUCGAUAUUCCUUUGGAGGCCCGGCACUGCCAUACCGCUGAACCAAGGAAUUUACUGGGUGACAAGAAAUCAAGCGCUGUGGUGGCUGAUCGUGCUUCCUUUCAAAUGUUGUAGCUGUCCGAGUAGGUUAAUGGAGUUUAUUUAUUGCUGCACAUUACAUUUCCUUUUCCAGUUCAGAUUGGUCAAUCUUAGUCUGGAUGAUGUAAACAUUCUUACUUAACGAAUGAGGAAGAAUUGAGGAUUAGAAAAUAUGGUGUAACAUUCUUUUGCUGAGCAUGCGAAUAGUUGCUUUUGAGCAGCAACAUUGACUGAUU